AGAGCAGCGGGGAUGCCGCCUCCCCCUGCAGUUCCUACAUAGGCAGGACCGUGCCCUGGAGGACACUGCUGCUGAGGCUCCAGAGACACACUUCCAGAGAGAUCCCAAGAUCCUGACACAAUGAGGAAGCAUCUGGGCGGAUGCUGGUUGGCCAUUGUCUGCGUUCUGCUGUUCAGCCAGCUCUCGGCAGUCAAGGCAAGAGGCAUAAAGCACAGAAUCAAGUGGAACCGGAAGACUUUGCCCAGCAUCUCCCAGGUCACGGAGGCGCACACGGCUGAGAUCCGCCCUGGGGCCUUCAUCAGGCAGGGCCGGAAGCUUGAUAUCGACCUUGGCGCUGAAGGCAACAGGUACUACGAGGCCAACUACUGGCAGUUCCCCGAUGGGAUCCACUACAAUGGCUGCUCCGAGGCCAACGUGACCAAGGAGAAGUUUGUCACCAGCUGCAUCAACGCCACCCAGGUGGCCAACCAGGAGGAGCUGUCCCGCGAGAAACAAGACGACAGGCUUUACCAGCGGGUCCUGUGGCGGCUGAUCAGGGAGCUCUGCUCUGUCAAGCACUGUGAUUUUUGGUUGGAAAGGGGAGCGGGACUUCGGGUCACCCUAGACCAGCCUGUGAUGCUCUGCCCGCUGGUUUUCAUUUGGUUUAUUGUGACAUAAGCUUGCAGGCAGGCUGGCAGCCACGGGGAUGGGGGGGGGGGGGGGUGGGUGAGCAAGCCACUGAGUUAUCCCAGUUCCUCUCCUCCAGACCCAAACCCCCAUGUGUCCCGAAGGUACUGAGGAACCAAGUAUUCCCACGGGUACCCGUCUGCUUUUGAUAAAUGUGUGUGUACCAAUCCCCUCUAGGCUCUACCGAAGGGCGGCCUUUUAAUCACCACAUUCUCAGGUCCCAGUGGAGGGUCUGGCACACCAUCUUCCGCAGUAAAUGUUGGGUGAACAGAUAAGAGAACGAGCCAGGGACCCUGCCACGCGCAUCACAGUAUUUCCGGACCCCUCUUAGAGGUAGGUGCUAUUCCCACUGUACAGAUGAGGAAACGGAGGCUCCAACAAGUGAAGUGGCUGGAGAGUAGCAGAGCCAAAAUUCAAUUCUGGCUUGUCUCACCCCCAGAUUUUCCGCUCUGUGCAAUCCCAGAGCUGUCUUGUGAUCCCUUCCUUACUGCUCGCAAGACCCAAACCCAAACACAUAUUUCUGGCGAAACCACAGAAACCCCACUUUUGGAAAUACGAAACGGUCUGAACUGAUGGCCAUGUAUCUUAAUACCUGGUUACAUGGAGGUUUUAUUUAAUUCUUCUCAUCAAACUAAGAUACAAGAGAGGGAUUAAGGGGACACAGAAGUAAAGCUAGACAAAGGCCCAGAAAUCACAGGGUAAGGCGAUCUUGCCAGGCUGGUUCCCAGAGCAGACCAGAUGCACAGCAGGAUGUGACCACGGCACAAAGGUUUUUGAUGUGUUUUGUUCUGGUUUUGGUGUUUUUCUUUUUGUUUUUGUUUUUCACAAGAAGGAUAAGUAUUUGCUGUUCCUGGCUCUAAACUAUUGUCUGGAUUUGAGAAAGUAUUUUUAAUGGACAUGUUUGCUUUCUAAUGUUCGUUCCCCCAGCCCUUUCUGUAUCUCUCUGUGUAUAUGCAUAUGAGAAUCUUUAAAUAUACUCCCUUUACACGGGUGCUGUGCCAA